AUGGGGGUUGAAUACUUCCAGUCACAGAUCGGCCUGCCGGCGUUCAAGCGGGGUUGUCACCUUGUGACGGAUAAAAUCAUCGGUCCGGUAUCGUCGGACUUGCGUAAAAUCAAGGCUGGCUUGUGCCAUGUGUUCAUUCAGCACACGUCCGCGUCCCUGACGAUCAACGAGAACUGCGACCCGGACGUGCGCCACGACAUGGAGACCUGGAUGUCGAAGGUCGUGCCGGAAGGCUCGGGGGCGCCGUGGCGACACACGGACGAGGGGCCGGACGACAUGCCCGCGCACGUGAAGGCGUCCGUCAUGGGCCCCGCCCUGAGCAUCCCGGUGCGCAACGGGCAGUUGGCGCUGGGGACGUGGCAGGGCAUCUGGCUCUGCGAGCACCGCGACUGCGCGGGCGGCCGCAAGGUCGUCGUGACCAUCCAGGGCGCGACGCAGUGA